AUAUAGAGUGAAUAAAAUUUCACUGCAUCUUCACUUCUCAAUUGAUAGUUUCAUUUAAAGAUGUGAUUAAAUUGAUGGGAAAAAGACUCAUUAUAUGAUUAGAUCCCAUCACCCACAUUAAUUACUUGUAAUUUACAAUUCAGAACUCCCCAAAUAGGCAUAAAUAUGCAGCUGUCGACCUUCGACUCCUUCCAAAAUCCAAAGGAAACGCAUAAAGGAGUUGUCCUUAUUUGAGCAAAAACUCUUCCCUACCAAUUAAAAACUAGCACCAUCCUACACGCCCCCUUCCACCUUUAAAAAUCAAUCUCUCCCACUUCAUUAAAGUUAUUGCCUAAAAAAUUGCCCACACUUUUUGUUGUGGCAAUCAAAGCUUCACUCAUUUAUUUCCCCCAUCCAACGCAAUAUAUACUUUGUGGAUUUGUUGCUUUUCUACUGCACCACCUAAAGCAAUUUAUACAGUGAGAGUACUAAUCUCACUCUCUUAUUUUAGCCUUCAACCAAAAAAACAGUAAUUCAGGGUCUGAUUCUGCUGCCGGUUUCAGGGAAGACAAGAGAAAUGAGCAUUAUGAAUUCCGGCACCACCUGGAUUCAACAAACCCAUGGGAUUCACGAUUUGACAAGUGGUAGAUCCGGUUGUAUCCAAUCUUACCUUUGUCACCCUCUUAAGAACAAACUUCCCAUUUCUUUCCUUGUCCCUAAUUCAAUCACAAAACCCACUAUUCCUUAUAACGCCAUUUCCAUUUCAGCUAUUAUUACCAAAGAACAAACCAAUAGACCUCAGGAAGAGAGAACAAUUGAUAAAGAUAGUGUCUUUACAGCUUUACCCUCAUUUGAUUUCAAGGGCUAUAUGCUUGGAAAAGCUAAUUCUGUGAAUAAGGCCUUGGAAGAAGCGGUUGUGCUCCAGGAGCCUUUGAAGAUUCAUGAGUCCAUGAGGUACUCGCUUCUUGCUGGUGGCAAAAGGGUUCGCCCCAUGCUCUGUAUUGCUGCUUGUGAGCUCUUUGGUGGCUCAGAAUCCCUUGCCAUGCCUUCUGCUCUUGCUGUUGAGAUGAUUCACACAAUGUCCCUGAUGCAUGAUGAUCUCCCCUGUAUGGAUAAUGAUGAUUUGAGGCGUGGGAAGCCCACAAACCAUAAGGUUUAUGGUGAGGAUGUGGCUGUUUUGGCUGGGGAUGCACUUCUAGCAUUUGCCUUUGAGCAUAUUGCCACUGCCACAAAAGGGGUUUCUUCUGAAAGGAUUGUGAGAGUGAUUGGUGAAUUGGCCAAGUGUAUCGGUUCUGAAGGCCUUGUUGCUGGCCAGGUUGUUGAUAUAUGCUCUGAGGGAAUAUCAGAUGUGGGUUUGGAUCAUUUGGAGUUCAUUCAUGUUCACAAGACGGCAGCUUUGUUGGAGGGCUCUGUGGUGAUGGGAGCAAUUCUGGGCGGUGCAAACAAUGAACAAGUUGCUAAAUUGAGGAAGUUUGCUAGGUGUAUUGGUUUAUUGUUUCAGGUUGUGGAUGACAUUCUUGAUGUUACUAAAUCUUCUCAAGAAUUGGGGAAAACUGCUGGGAAGGACUUGGUGGCGGACAAGGUGACCUAUCCUAAGUUAAUUGGUCUUGAAAAAUCAAGGGAGUUUGCUGAGAAGUUGAACAGAGAAGCACAAGAUCAGCUUGCUGAUUUUAAUCCUGACAAGGCUGCUCCAUUGAUUGCUUUAGCAAACUAUAUAGCUUACAGGGAUAAUUAAUCAAUUGUAAGAUAUUUGCCUGAACUCUGAUUAUACCAGUUGUAUCAUUAUAAUCUAUGUUCAAUACGAUUCUAAAUGGAUUCAAGGCUGCUGCAUUGAGUUUCAGAUUCUUAAUAGGGUAUUUCCUUCUUUGGUCCUUGAAGCAGUAGGUUGACCAAAACAAUCACAGCCUCUGAAAUGCAACAUAAGGUUAGAACUUAGAAGGUUAUGACUUCUGAUGAGCCACAGACGAGUCAAUAUUAUUUUAUGCAAGCCAUGUUGCCGACGUUUUAAAAACAUGACGAUGGCAUUUUACGAGUUUCUUCCGAAAAAUCGAUGUGUAAUUUGUUAAAACCUGUAUUUCUGGUCUUGAAAUAAGUGACAGCAAACACAUACAGGGUGGAGUUUCUUACAUUUGUCCACAGAUUCUCUCUUGAAGACCCUUUUAAAAAAAUUCUGAAUGCAUAAUGGUUUGUAUAUGAAAAAAUAAUGGAAGAGUAUGAGAGGGUAUCCUCAGAGAAAGGAGGAGGUUGCAAGUUGAGCCAGAUGCCAAAGGUCUCACCAUCGUGGAAUAUAAUUAAAUAAACAAUAACGUGCCUCGUUUAACUUUCGGUUCAUUGUCCUGACUCUAAUAAACAACACCCUAAACUUUGUUUAUAGUUUUCCUGUCCUCGGAUAAAAUGGCAUUAACAAGUAUUAACAGUUGAGCGUAAUUCACGAGGCAUUCAUUGUUAACAAAGUAUUCUUAGUGAUUUGCUUUAAAUUUGUUUUUGGGUUUUUUCUUCUGUCCUGAUCCAUUUUAGCAUGAUCUGUUGAAACUUUCGCCUGAGGGAUUCUCAGUUCUGUAUAUGAUCUGCUUCCCGUGAAUGUGAUUACGAACACUUGGAAUUUAUGAAUAAAAG